GGCUACCCAAGGAUGGGGAAGAUAGUGCCCAGACAGAUUCUGUAUUUUCUGCCUGUGGAAGGGAGCCUCUGGGACUGGCAGGGCAUAUCUGGUGCCCAAGGUGGACAGAUGAGUCGGGUGAGGCCACCCUACUGUAAGGGUCCCCCUCCCCAUAUUAUACAGGAAUAAAAACAGUCUCAUGCCCACCCGCUGGCAGCCUACAUGCCACCCCCAGUAUGUGGAAGGAAAGCAGCUGGCUCAGGGUACACCCUGCCGUCUCCACUUCCCUUCCCUAAACCUCUUCCGAGGCAGCCCCGCUCUUGCUCCGUCCAAACCCAGCUCUCUGCACUUUCUGUUCCUCUUGAGUAGCUGGCACCCAGGAUUUGAGAUGCAGAGGCCUCCAUGGCUGUGAUAAGCCUGCUGUUCCUGGCAGUGAUGUAUGUUGUUCACCACCCCCUGAUGGUCAGUGACCGCAUGGACCUGGACACGCUAGCCAGGAGUCGGCAGCUGGAGAAGCGAAUGAGCGAGGAGAUGCGGCAGCUAGAAAUAGAGUUUGAGGAGAGACGGCGAGCCGCUGAGCAGAAGCAGAAAGCAGAGAACUUCUGGAGAGGAGACACGUCCAGUGAUCAGUUAGUGCUGGGGAAGAAGGACAUGGGAUGGCCGUUCCAGGCCAGUGACCAAGAUGGGGGGCCUCUGGGCUGGAUGCUGGGAAACAUGUGGAACACAGGCCUCUUUUGCCUUUUCCUCAUCUUUGAGCUCCUGCGGCAGAACAUGCAGCAUGAACCAGCCUUCGACUCCAGCAGCGAGGAGGAAGAGGAAGAAAUCCGUGUUGUGCCCGUCACCUCUUACACCUGGCUCUCUGAUUUCCCCUCCCAGGAAGCCCUGGAAUCCUUUUACAAACACUAUAUCCAGAGUGCCAUCCGUGACCUGUCCGGCACCUGUGAGUUUGUGGAGAGCUUUGUGGAUGAUCUCAUUGAGGCCUGCCGGGUGCUCAGCCGCCGGGAAGCUCACCCGCAGUUGGAGGACUGCCUGGGCAUUGGAGCUGCCUUUGAGAAGUGGGGGACCCUCCACGAGACCCAGAAGUUCGAUGUCCUGGUGCCCAUCGUCCCUCCGCAGGGCACGAUGUUCGUCUUGGAGAUGAGAGACCCGGCGCUGGGCCGGCGCUGCGGCUCUGUGAAGGUGGACUCUGAAUGCAUCUGCAAGCACGAGCAGGUCCUGGGGGAUGUGCUGUGUCUGGUGCACCACCACAGGGACCACUCAGCCAUCUCCAGCAAGUGCACGAGCUCCAUCAAGGCGGCUCUCUGCACCGGCUCGCACCUGGACGUGUGUAAGACCGUGCAGUGGUUCCGCAACAUGGUGAGCAACGCCUGGGCCCUCGUGGCCCACAAGUAUGACUUUAAGCUCACUCUCCCGCCGUCCACCACCACCACCACCACCUGCAAGCUCCGGUUGGAUUACCGCUCGGGCCGCGUUCUGUUGAUCAGUUUGGUUCUUGGGGUGCAGCGGGAGGAUACGUUGGUCUACCUGGUGAGUCAGGCCCCGGGGCAAGAGCAGCUCACCAGCGUGGACUGGCCGGAGUCCUUCGCGGCCUGCGAACACUUGUUUCUGAAGCUGGUGGGGCGCUUUGCCCCUGAGAACACCUGCCACCUCAAGUGCCUGCAGAUCGUUUUGAGUCUUCAGGACCACCAGACGUUGCCCCCGGGAGCGUCCCGCCCCGUCCUCACCUCUUACCACUUCAAAACGGCCCUCAUGCACUUGCUGCUGCGACUGCCCCUCACCGACUGGCAGCACAGCAUGCUCUCGCAGCGGCUCCAGGACCUCCUCUGGUUCUUAGGCCGAGGCCUCCAGCAGCGGUCUCUCCAUCACUUCCUCAUUGGUAACACCUUCCUGCCCCUGACCAUACCCAUCCCUAAGACAUUCCGGAAUGCUGAGCCCGUCAAUCUUUUCCAGCACCUGGUGCUGAAUCCGGUGGCCCACACACAGGCGGUGGAGGAAUUCCACAACCUUUUGGCCCAGGUGAAAACACUGCCUUGCCCCCCACUGGCUGGAGGACUUUAAAGGAAAGGCCAUUAAAAAAAAAAAAAAAAGGUAGAAGAAGGUAGUUCUGAUUCCUCAGGCUGCAAAGAGUUUAUUUCUCACAUACCAGAGGUGUAUGUGACCUUCACCUUGCUCACAGGCUGCAGCCAGCAGAGUGGGGCGGGUGUGUGUGUGUGUGUGUGUGUGUGAUGUUUUAGUCUCCUGACUUUGGUCAUGACACAGAGAAGGGAAAAGGACAUGGGGACAGAUGUCCUGGGGAGAGUUUGCUGCUGAGGAGCUGAGAUCUUAAGUUGUGUUUCUGUGUCAACACUGGAAGCAGACGCUCCAGAGAUACCUCCAUCCCAGCGGACUUCUUUUCCCGACCUGCUCCAUGCUCCCUUUGAAAUGGCUUGUUGCACUGUUAGCUUCCUUCCCACCCAGACUGAUGCACUCCACUUCCCUCCCUCAAAUUGUCAGCCACAGUCCCUGCUUCAGGAUGUAAGUUUUCAUAACUUAACUAGUUGGAAAAUAUAAACAAGGUAUGUCUUUUUUUU